CCAUUAACCGUGUCUCCCCAAACUCAGCUUAAACUUCGUGGAUUCUGGUAAACCAAACAGACUGUUAAAUCUACAUUACCAAGAUUUUUCAUUUUCACUGUCUAGUAAGUACUUUUAAACUUGAAGUUAUAGAUAUGCAUCAAAGGUUUCGUCCGUGAAAAGGACUUGUGUGUCACUCUAACAUCAUCCCCAUCACCAUCAACUCUGUCUUCUUCUUCAUAUUCUGCUGUAUCUUCACUUACCCUUUUCUACUCCUUUCAUGCAUUCCCACUUUCUUUUAUAUUUCUGCCUCUUCACUUAACCUCCCCACCAAAAGCUGCAAAAACCCAAUAAAGCUGACAAGACACUAUAAAGAUUAUUAUUAUUAUUGCUCAAAGCUGCAAUUUUUUUCAUCAUUCUCCUGAAAUUUCAUUUUUGAAGGAUGGUUCUCGGGCUUCGAUCAAAGCAUCGAAAAGAUGCUUCUGUUCAAGUUGAUUACGUUGUCUAUGUAGGCGAGAUAAAUCCCUGGCCUCCAUCUCAGUCUCUCAGAUCGGUGCAGUCUGUAUUGCUUCAGUGGGAAAAUGGUGAUCAGAAUUCUGGCUAUCUCACUUCUAGUACUGGGGAUAGCAGUGUUCAAUUUAAUGAGGCAUUUACACUUCCUGUGACUCUACGUAGAGAAAAAAGAUCCAGUGAGAAGUAUCAGAAGAACCUGUUGGAAUUUUCCUUGUUUGAACCUAAAAAAGAUAAGGUUACUAAAGGACAACUGCUAGGAACAGCCAUCAUUAAUCUUGCUGAUUAUGGCAUUAUCGAAGAUAUUGUAUCUGUAAGCUCUCCAGUGAGCUGCAAGAAGAGUUCUAAGAACACAAAGCAGCCUGUUCUCUUUCUUAGAAUACAACAGGUUGAUAAAAAUAGCUCUAAUUCCACUCCUAAGACUGGCUUGUCAAAACAAGUCUCUCUAGAUAAAGAUAGGCAAGAUUCUGUUCCAGGAUCGAGGAAUGAAGAAAAUGACGAUGUAUCCGAGAUAGCUUCUUUUACCGAUGACGAUGAUGAUAUUUCUUCACAUUCAUCACGGACUUUUGCCUCCUCUGCUAUUGACGCUGCAAAUUCACCACACAGAAGUGAGAAGGUUGGAUCGAAUAUAGCUGCAGAAAACACAGGCAGGAUAAAACCAGAGCCUGCUCUACCUGUGGUGGUAUAUCCUUCAACAACAAAAGUUAAUCCAGAGACAGAAGCAUUUAAACGUCCAAGUGGAACUUCACACACUUUAUUAUCAAAAGACUUGGUCCCUGGUGUGGAGAGGCCAGCAAAUGAUCAUGUUUCUUUUCCUGAGUUUCCAGAGAGGAACAUCACAUCAAUCAAGAAAGAAUGUGAUCCUCCAGUUCAAUAUUCUUCCUCAUUUCCUCAGUUUCUGGACUCGAGUAAGGACUCUAUGGGCAUCAUGAAUAGCUUAGAACAAGAAAACACAAGUGACAGCCUUUAUGAAAAUGUUGCUAGCAGCGUAGACGGAACUAAAGCAAGUACUUUGCCACUUGCUGAAGAAAUUUUUGACAAAUUUGGAGUCAGGGUUGUAGCCGGCAAUGCAUAUACAGAUAGCCCGUCCAAUCAAAAAAGUGGCCAAGUGGAGGCAACCAUUGUUACUAACUUAGAUAUUGAUAUGACAGAGGGCAAAUUGGAAAUAGAACAGCAAGAAAUUUCACAUGAUGAACAAAGAUCAGAUGAAAAGAUACAAGGUUUAGGAAACAAAGUUGCUAGUAAAGUUUAUCAAAAUGCUGCCAGAAAGCAAGGCACAUUAAGGAGUACUACUUUGGCAUCCAAUGGGAAAGUGGUUGGAGGUCAGGGAACUCCUUUUACCGAUAGCAAACUAAAACAUGUGAAUUCUGUGCAGUUGCCACUAGAACCAGCUAAAGCCAAAAUGUAUAAUGAGAAUGAGAAGAAGAUUAAUAAAGUCGGUGGCGUUAAUGAUGCUCAAAGUAAUCUUACAAAUACUGCAACGUUUGGAAGAAAAGAACUAGUGAAUGGCUCUGACCAAAAAAAUGAGUGGAAAUCUAAAGCUGAGAUACUUGAAGAAGAAUUGAGGGAAGCAGCAGCCCUUGAGGUUUCCCUUUAUUCUGUUGUUGCGGAGCAUGGUGGUUCAAUAAACAAGGUCCAUGCUCCUGCCCGGCGCCUCUCUAGAUUCUAUCUUCAUGCUUGCAGAGCAAGGUUUUCAGAUAAAAGAGCUAGUGCAGCAAGGGCCGCUGUGUCAGGAUUAGUUUUGGUUGCCAAAGCAUGUGGAAAUGAUGUUCCAAGGUUAACUUUCUGGUUGUCCAAUUCAAUUAUGUUAAGAGCAAUUGUCAGAAAGACUGCCGGGGAAUUGCGACUUUCCAGCGAACCAUGCAUUAAAAGUUGUAUUGGUAAAAAUGAAUCUAAUGGAAAAGUUAAAACAACUGAAGAAUUUGGUGACUGGGAGGACCCAGUGACAUUUACUACAGCACUGGAAAGAGUUGAAGCUUGGAUAUUCUCUCGAAUUGUCGAGUCUGUGUGGUGGCAGACUCUGACUCCGCAUAUGCAGCCUGCAGCUGCAAAGAGUAGUAGAACAAUCAGUUCAGGUUCAAGAAAAACAACUGGAAGUAAGCAUAUCUUGCGAGAUCAAGAGCAAGGAAAUAACUCCAUAGAACUUUGGAAAAGGGCUUUUAAAGAUGCUUGUGAAAGGCUUUGCCCAAUUCGAGCUGGAGGGCACGAGUGUGGCUGCUUACCUGUAUUGGCUAGAUUGGUAAUGGAGCAGUUGGUGAGUAGACUAGAUGUGGCGAUGUUUAAUGCUAUUCUUCGUGAAUCAGCUGAAGAAAUGCCAACAGAUCCUGUAUCUGAUCCCAUAGCUGAUUCUAAGGUCCUACCAGUACCUUCUGGUCGAUCAAGCUUUGGUGCUGGAGCACAAUUGAAAAAUGCUAUUGGCAACUGGUCAAGAUGGCUGACAGACCUCUUCGGCAUUGAGGAUAACGAUUCUCAUGAAGAUACUGACAGACUUGGUGAUUACGAGGAAGUAGAAACUGAUACAUCUUUCAAGCCCUUCCGUCUCCUCAAUGCAUUGAGUGAUCUUAUGAUGCUUCCAUUUGAAAUGCUUGCUGAUGCCCCGACAAGAAGAGAAGUUUGCCCAACAUUUUCUGCACCACUUAUCAGAAGGGUUUUCAUCAAUUUUGUUCCAGACGAGUUCUGUCCAGAACCAAUUCCAGAUUCUGUUAUAGAUUCUUUGGAUUCUGAGGAUGCUGCAGCAACUGUGGAAGAAUCCCUCACAGUUUUUCCAUGCAAUGCAAAUCCUACAGUCUACCACCCACCUGCAGCAGCAGCAUUUUCAAGCAUUGUUGGAGAAAUGGGCAGCCAUGAACUGCGCAGAAGCGGAUCAUCAGUGCGUCGAAAAGCAUAUGCUAGCGACGAUGAACUCGAUGAGCUGGAGUCUCCAUUGACUUCAAUCCUCAGCGAUAACCUGCUUGUCUCACAACCUUCAACCAGACCUAACAUAAAGUUGAACGAAAAGGGUGGUCGAAAUGUUGCCAGAUAUCAGCUCCUUCGGGAGGUAUGGAGAGAUGGUGAAUAGGCCUGCUGUAGAUUUCUUCUUAUAUCCCAUCCAUGUACAUUAGCAAAAUGAUGGUUCUUUUUCCUCUUUUGAGCUUGGAAGAGUUUAUUUUUAUGUAAUAAGUACGAAUAUGAAUUUUUGAGCUCC